GAGGAAACUGGAUAUCUGGGCCCCGUUUCCCAAAGUUAUCUUAAGGCGUCUCGGCAUGGUUCUACAGAUGAAGUUCGCCGUGAAAUGCUUUUGGGAAACCGGGGCCUGAUAAACACUAGAGAAGGAUGUGACUAUUGUGGAUCCUCUGGGGAGCCUCAACAACAUCAUGAUGCUGACGAAGUAGAGAAGAGUCUCUCCAGAUCAGAACACCUCAAGAAACACCAGCGGAAACCCACAAGGAAGAAUUAUCACCACUGCUCUGACUGUGGGAAGAGUUAUUUAAGAUCAGAUUCACUAAAAAUACACCAGAGAACACAAACAGGAGAGAAGCCUUACAGCUGUUAUCAGUGUGGGAAAAGUUUUACUUCAUCUAGCCACCUGACCAUACACCAGAGAACACACACAGGAGAGAAGCCUUAUACGUGUGAUCAAUGUGGGAAGAGUUUUGUUACAUCUAGCUGUCUGACCAUACACCAGAGAACACACACAGGAGAGAGACCUUACCACUGCUCUGACUGUGGAAAGAGUUUUGUUAUCUCAGGAAAUUUAACAUCACACCAGAGAACACACACAGGAGAGAAACCUUAUAGCUGUAAUCAAUGUGGGAAGAAUUUUUCUCACUCAGGCAACCUGAUAGCACACCUGAGAAUACACACUGGAGAGAAACCUCAUUGCUGCUCUGACUGUGGGAAGAAAUUCAUCUUUUUAGCAGAUCUUAAAAUACAUCAGAGAAUCCAUACAGGAGAAAAACCUUACCGCUGCUCUGACUGUGGAAAGAGUUUUGUUUCAUCAAGACAUUUAAAAUCACACCAGAGAACACACACAGGAGAGAAGCCUUAUAGCUGUGAUCAAUGUGGGAAGAGUUUUGGAACAUCUAGCAGCCUGAAAACACACCAGAGGGGACACACAGGAGAGAAACCUUAUAGCUGUGAUCAAUGUGGGAAGAGUUUUGUUACAUCUAGCAGUCUCACUAUGCACCAGCGGACACACACAGGAGAGAAACCUCAUACCUGUAGUCAAUGUCACAUGAGAUACUCUGCUAAAAGAUCUCUGAUUAAACAUCAGAAAAUACAUACAUGAAGAAGUUGUUUCAUGAUAUCAAUGAAAUAAUGUUACAAUAUAGAAUGUUUUAACAUUGUAGUAGGAGUAUUUUAACGACGUUCUGUUGGUUUAAGUGUCAUGUGGAUAUGAGCCUCAUCAGGGCAAAAUCCAGGCUCUUUGAAAUUUUAUUGAAAGGGUAUUUAACCAAAAAAGUGUUGCGUUACACUUACCUCGUUGUGAAUUAAAAUGCAUCACUUCAAAAUGUAGCUAGCUGUUUUCUACAAAUUGUCCUCCAACCAGUGAUGUACACAUUAUUCCCAGAUUCCGUGUCGUGUUUGAGCUGUUAGUUUAAUUUUGGAGACAUAUAAUUGAAACGCAUCCCUCCAAAAUGUAGCUGACUGUCUUCUGCAGGUUGUCCUCUCACCAGUGAGGCAAAAGAUAUCUCCCAUUUUCAGGUGUUUUGUUUAGUUGUGUUCGUUUCAACAGCACGUACAACCUGAUUUCCCCCCUAAUCGAUAUCAGUGAUUUAUUACUACUUGUCAAAACAUCAGUGUUUUUGGUGCUUGUGCAGUUUAUAAGGUGCUUGUUUAAAAAAGAUACAAGUAAUAUGUGUGGCAGAUGUUUGUGUACAUAGCACAUUUUAUGUUUAGGUUCUCAAUAUAUCUCAAACUGUUUCUGCAUAUUUGGUGAUUGAUAUGGACACGUUAAAACUGUUUUGACAUUGGGGCUAUCCCAUCUAUCAAAAUGACUUUGAAAACAAGACUAUCCCAUCUAGCAACAUGACUUUGAAAACAAGACUAUCCCAUCUAGCAACAUGACUUUGAAAACAAGACUAUCCCAUCUAGCAACAUGACUUUGAAAACAAGACUAUCCCAUCUAGCAACAUGACUUUGAAAACUAGACUAUCCCAUCUAGCAACAUGAUUUUGAAAACAAGACUAUCCCAUCUAGCAACAUGACUUUGAAAACAAGACUAUCCCAUCUAGCAACAUGACUUUGAAAACAAGACUAUCCCAUCUACAUUACAUUUACAUUUAAGUCAUUUGGCAGACGCUCUUAUCCAGAGCGACAUGACUUUGAAAACAAGACUAUGCCAUCUAGCAACAUGACUUUGAAAACAAGACUAUCCCAUCUAGCAACAUGACUUUGAAAACUAGACUAUCCCAUCUAGCAACAUGACUUUUAAACCUAGACUAUGCCGACGUCCAAUCUACCUCUGGUUUUGGGAUAGUAUAAUAAAUUGGUCUAUAAUACAUUUAAUCUACAUCACUCCAGUAUUUCUAAAACUACAUUCAAGUGCUAAUUGUCUUUGUUCCACUACUGAAGAAGCAAGAACUCAAAUAACCUCAUAUUUCAAACAGCCUGACAAAAUAUACAUGUUUUAUUAUUAUUAUGCCUCACCAUUAAGUGAAGUAUUGCGAAGCAUAUUUUCAUUUCAUGUAACAUUUUGUAAUCAUAAAUAUUUAUGCUACCAACUGAAAAAAUGUUGGUACAAUUAUGUUGUUUUCUAUUGGAUAUUACAUCCAGUCCUUACUAUUUUAAUCAACGUCACUUCCUUAGAAUGCUCAUUAGUCUUUCAGUUUUUUUUUAUUCUUUAGUUUUUUUAUCCUCUUAAUGUUUGUUGUGGUGUAAAUAUUUCUGUUUUUAUUUUCAUAGAGUUUAUUAGUUUUCCCUGUGAAGCGCACUGCGUUGCAUCCGUGUCUGAAAUGCGCUUCAUAAAUAAUGCUCGGUUUGAUUUGAACAUAUCGUACAACCAAUGAACCCAAUGACCGACCAAUCAACAGACUCAAAAACCAAUGAACCCAAUGACCGACCAAUCAACAGACUCAAAAACCAAUGAAUAAACAUGUACAAAGGCAACAAAAAAUAUCUUGGUCAAUGAAUAGUGUCUUAGUAUGAAUAACAGUAUAAAUGCAGUCACUGGUAAAAUAGGACACAAGCCUAUUGGGAAUUAUUGAUCAAUUAUUGAUCCAAAAAAGACACACACCGGUUCUGGGUUAAUUCCAUAGCUGUUUGCAUGGCUUGGUAGUGUAUUAGCCGGG